AUGGCUGACCCAAACACAUUGACGCUGUGGAUCUGUCUUGAGGACAAGCCGUGUGCUGAACAAUUUCGUGUUACCACCACUGACAUAAAUCUCGCAACUGCUAAUUUGGAUGACCUUGCACAACUUCUUCUGCAAAGAGGAUCACUCAAAAUGUCAUCGACUCAGAUGCUCCCUCCCAAUCACUUGACUACUACACAAGAGCCUGUCGUUUCUGAUGUAGAACCUCUCAUUGUACGCUACCCAGUCUCAGACAACACUGUCAUGAUCAAUCUCAAAUUUCUCAACACUCUACACAAUAUUAAUAUGCCGCACACUACUGGCUGUUGGCACAUGCUUCGAGCUAAGGCCGUGGAGAAGUUCGAAAGAUUACAGGACAAUGAUUUCUUUUUUGUGGAUCAAGAAACAAAAAAAGACGAAAUCGACGAAGAAUUCAAGUUCAACGACAUGAUAAACAAUACUACUCCGAACAAUAGGGGCCAACGUGUCAUUGGGCUCUUGGCAAGAAUUAAAGGCAAAAAGCCAUAUGGGGAGUGGACGCAGAGAGACGUUCUCAAGGAUAUUUUGCACGAGCAGUAUCCUUCCAUUAAUACAAUUCCAGAACUUGACAUAGGCGAUGAAAAUAUCGCUGUCCGAGAUUUGCCAGCCUUGAAGGAUUUUGACAGAAACCUCGAAAAGAUUGCACAGGCGUUUCAUAAUAGGGUCCAAGACAACAAAGCAACAGCACGUAAUUACAUCAACCCUGUAAUGGUCGAGGCGGUAACUAUCGUCCAGGCUAAUCAUCCGACCACACGACUGGCUGUAGAGGAGGACUUUGACGGAAGUCGCGGCUUUGGCACUCUGGACUAUGUGGUUUAUUGUCAAUCUCUCGCGGUCCUGGUGACGGAAGCGAAGAUGACGGAGAUCAGAAAAGGAAUCAUUCAAAAUCUUGUGCAGCUGCAUACAGCAGCAGAGAAACUUGGCAAACGUAAACGCGAUGACGGUAACGGCAAUGGUGCACCGGCCCCAGUGACCACCACUGUCUAUGGCAUUGUGACAACUGGGGGAGAUUGGAGAUUUCUCCGUUGGUCGGGUUCACUUCAAAAUCCUAUAGUCCAAAUUUCAAAGCCAUACUCAUGCACAUUCAUGGGAACCUUUUCGCAAGCCCACAGGUUGCUCGAGAUUAUCGUCGGCAUUCUUGAAUCACAAAUUCGUGCAUUUCAACCGACCCAAGAGCAAACCUAA